AUGGAAGAAAAAAGUUCAUUAAAAGUUUUGAUAACUUCAAUGAUUGGCAUUGGCCAUUUGAAUGCAUGCAUUGGAAUUGGUUCGCUUCUCCGUAAACGCGGUCACCAAGUUUACUAUGCCUAUUUUGAUGAAUACAAGGAAACUAUUGAAAAGAAUGGAUUUCAUUACAUCUCAUUGUGUGAAUACAAUGAUAAAAAUUAUCCCAUGAAGACUGGAAUGCCACCCAAUCUUACUGAAGUAUUUGAAAAACAGUUUGAGAAGACUCGUAGACUUUCAAGUUUGGACAUUUUGAAGGAGUCUGUGAAACCUGGGUCCGGUGAUGAUGAGGUGUGUGCUUUCAUAUUUGAAUCUGCUAAAGGUGAGAACUGUGCAAUGUUGAACAUCAUUGAGAAGAUAAAGCCCGAUGUCUGUUUAGCUGAUUAUCUUUUAUCUAUGCCUUGGAUGGUCAAAGCUUCAUGUCCAGCGAUUCCUAUUAUAUCGUCAUCACCGCUUGAUCUGUAUAGUGGUCCGCCAGCAGGCUCUGGAUAUUCAGUACAUGAUCCACCUGAACUUUGGUCUGAGUACCGUAAGUUGAAGGAAGAGUUUGAAAAGAAUUUUGAAGUAAAAGCAAAGGAAUUGUACACAUUGUUUGAUGUUGAAUUCAAAUCACAGCUUUAUGCAAAGCAGCUAGGAAUUUACAUUUUCCCUGGUCCAUUGGAUUAUCAUGAAUUGGGUCCACCAAAAGAAAACUGGGUUCGUCUUGACUCAUCCAUUCGAGCACCAGAAACACCGAACUUUGAAAUACCAGAGAAACUUAAAGAUAAACCAGGAAAAUUGAUUUAUGUCUCAAUGGGAUCACUGGCUUCAUCUGUAACUGAAUUACUAACCAUGAUAUUAAAUUCAUUGGCUAACUCACCUCAUCGUUUCAUCGUGUCGACUGGCAUUAAUGGUGAUUCAAUAAAACUGCACGAUAACAUGUGGGGAGAGAAAUUUAUCAAUCAACUUGCUCUUUUACCCAAAGUGGAUUUAUUCAUAACUCAUGGAGGAACCAAUUCUUUGAUUGAAGGACUAGCUGUUGGUAAACCAUUAAUAGUCAUUCCUCAAUUCGGUGACCAACUAGAUAAUGCACAACGAAUAGCUGAUCUUGGUUUAGGUGUGAGGAUAAACUUGCAUGAAUUUAGUGAUGAGAAGCUACUGAAAGCCAUUGAAGAUGUGCUCAAUAAUAAAGAGAUUCAUUCAAAUGUCGCUCGAGUGAGGGAAGAGCUGGAAAAAUCUGAUUCAAGAGAUAAAGUCAUUUCUCUUAUUGAACAACUGGCUCGAACCAGAAUAUCACCAAUUUAA